GAAAGUCGAAGGAAGGAAGUUUUACUCCUGCAGUGAGGUUGGCAUCGGAAGUGGUGGCUACUAUAAAAAAAUUUAAAUUCUCGCAGAUUUUUUAACUUUUUUCCUGCUUAUCUGCUUGCUUGGUGUCUGCUGAUAACAAAAAGCUUAUUGCAAGCGCUUGCAAAGUAGUGCAAGGCGGCAGCGGGGAGCAGCAGCGGUUAAGCAGAACCGUCGAGAGCUGCAACGUAGUGCUUGAAGUAUCGUUAGAUUGGUCUGCAGGCGGAGGCGUAUUUCAUUUUCAGUAUAACAAGGAGCUUAGCAACAGACAGGGUGCAAGUUUUAAGAAAACAUAUUCUAAUAAGCGAAGCACAAAAGGAAAGUAAGGAACAACCCCGGCGCAACAGUGCUACAGGCUCAUUGAACGCAUACAAAAAUAUAUCCAAAAAUAGACACACCGAAAAUCGAACAGGAAAGGCAGCGCCUGACCGCCCACCCGCACUCGGCCGCCCACGGCACACGCGCAUCCAAGUAGACGCCCACGCGCUCCAGUUUGCGUUGUACACCAGAUAGCCGACAAGCGGAAAUCAACGACCGACGUCGAACCUCUCAAUUGCUAAACAGACAAAGCUUGGCCAAAAGCCGUACCAGUGCAAACUUGCGCCUCGCAGCUUAGCGUAGCAAGUAGAAAAUAGCAACCAAAUUUAGCGAAAAAAACACCUCUCCGCCACAGCGCUACUUCUGUCACUUGCCACUUGUCAACUGCACGUCAAGAUGUUCACACGUCGCAUCAGCUGCCGUCAUUCACAGCAUCGGCACCACCGCCUCCACCAGCCACAGCUGUUGCUGCUCGCCUGCACGCUUGUCGCGCUGAUGUUCGGCGCCAUCACGCAGGCCUUCAUCAUCAAGGAGGAUGAGUCCUUCCUGCAGUCGCCCUACUAUCAAUCGCAGAGCGAAAUCGAGGACAUGUUUGCACGUUUCGCCAAGACAUUCCCGGAGAAUGCGCGUGUCGAGACCAUAGGCCGUUCGCUAGAGGGUCGCAACUUAAUCGUGCUGCAGAUUGGCAAGAAUGUGCAACAGCCACGCACGCCACUCACGCCCAUGGUCAAGUACAUUGGCAAUAUGCAUGGCGACGAGACAAUUGGCCGCCAGCUGCUCAUCUAUUUGGCGCAGUACCUGCUGUACAACUAUGAGACCAGCUUGGAGGUGGCGAACCUGGUCAACAGCACCGAUAUUUAUUUGAUGCCCACCAUGAAUCCCGAUGGCUAUGAACGCUCGCAGGAAGGUAACUGUGAAUCACUUCCGAAUUAUGUUGGACGCACCAAUGCUGCUGGCGUCGAUUUAAAUCGUGAUUUUCCUGAUCGGCUGGAAAAUCAACAGACCAUUCAAUUGCGUUCGCACACACGUCAACCGGAGACAGCGGCCAUCAUAAACUGGGUGUUGAGCAAACCGUUUGUCUUAUCGGCGAAUUUCCAUGGCGGUGCUAUUGUGGCCAGUUAUCCGUAUGAUAAUUCAAUCGCCCAUCGCGAAUGCUGCGAAGAGAGUCUCACACCCGACGAUCGCAUCUUCAAGCUAAUGGCCCACACAUAUGCCAACAAUCAUCCGAUCAUGCGCAAGGGUCACAACUGCAACGACACAUUCACCGAUGGCAUAACGAACGGCGCUAAUUGGUACGAGCUAAACGGCGGCAUGCAAGAUUUCAAUUACGCCUUCACCAACUGCUUCGAGUUGACCAUCGAGUUGUCGUGUUGCAAAUUCCCAACAGCAGCCUCGCUGCCCACCGAAUGGGCACGCAAUAAGCGCAGUCUGUUGCAGCUGCUGCAACUGGCCCAUAUCGGCAUCAAAGGCCUCAUAACGGACGCCAGCGGUUAUCCAAUCAAUGAUGCAAGCAUUGUGGUCUCCGGUCUGGAGGAUAAGCCAAUGCGUACCACACAGCGCGGCGAAUACUGGCGUCUACUUACGCCCGGCAUUUACAAUGUGCAGGCGUUGGCAUUUGGCUAUCAGCCCAGUGAGCCGAAACAGGUGCAUGUGACCAACGAGAACAGCGAAGCAUUGCGCCUUGACUUCACUCUCUCACCGCUCGAGACGAAUUACGAUGGGAAUUUCCGCAAGGUGAAAGUGGAACGGUCCAAAGCUUCGACCAACGAUGAUGAUUUUCUAACACCCACCAAGUUCGAGCAUCACAAUUUCACGGCAAUGGAAAAAUUCAUUCGCAACAUCGCCGAAUCAUAUCCAAGCAUCACACGUCUCUAUUCAAUCGGUCAGAGCGUGCAGCAUCGCGAUCUCUGGGUUAUGGAGAUAUUCGCCACACCCGGCCAGCAUAUACCCGGCGUACCAGAAUUCAAAUAUGUCGCCAAUAUGCAUGGCAAUGAAGUUGUCGGCAAGGAAAUGCUGCUGCUACUCACGAAGUACAUGUGCGAACGUUACGGGGUCGAUGAACGCAUUACAAAGCUGGUAAAUACGACGCGCAUGCAUUUUCUCUAUAGCAUGAAUCCCGACGGGUAUGAGAUCUCGCACGAGGGUGAUAAAACGAGUGGCAAUGGACGUGAGAAUGCCAAUCAUAUCGAUUUGAAUCGCAAUUUCCCCGAUCAGUAUGGUACGGAUAAGUACAAUGCGGUAACAGAACCGGAAGUGGCUGCUGUGAUGAAUUGGACACUUUCGAUACCGUUUGUAUUGUCGGCGAAUUUGCAUGGCGGAUCAUUGGUGGCCAACUAUCCGUACGAUGACAAUGAGAAUGAUUUCUCCGAUCCGAUAGCGCGUCUGCGCAUAGCAACGAAUGUCGGGAGGAAAAUAAAUCCGACGGAGGAGAAUGAUUUGUUCAAACAUUUGGCGCUGGUGUACUCGGAGGCCCACCCCUCUAUGCAUCUCGGCAAUCCCUGUCCCUCCUUCAAACACGAGAUCUUCCCGCAAGGCAUUGUUAAUGGCGCCCAAUGGUACAGCGUAACCGGCGGCAUGCAGGAUUGGAACUAUGUACGCGCUGGCGUGCUGGAACUUACACUCGAGCUGGGCUGCGACAAGUUUCCAAUGACCGAUGAGCUUCCUAAAUAUUGGCACGACAACCGUGAGCCACUGCUGAAAUUCAUCGAGCAGGUACAUUAUGGAGUGCAUGGCACGGUGCGUAGUUCCAUCGGCACAGCUAUUGCGGGCGCGGUGGUAAUGCUGGACGGAGCCAAGCAUGCCAGUUUCAGUGGUGUAUACGGUGAUUACUGGAAGCUGGCGCUACCAGGCAGGCAUAACAUCACGAUAAUAGCUGAUGGAUUUGCGCCCUACCGCGAGGAAAUCGAAAUCCCGGAAGACACACACGAAAUGCGACUGGAUGUGAUAUUGAUGCGUGACGAUCCACAGCAUUGGUCGUCAGCUAAUGAUUUCCGUAUCAUCGAGAAUGUGGUGAAGACACGCUAUCACAGCAACCCGGAGAUCCGACAACGCUUGGCGGAAUUUGAGACUCGCCACGGACAGAUUGCUACCUUCGGCUAUGCGGAGAGUGAAUUUGGAAUUUACUACAACUCCAUUAAGCUAACGUCAGACAUUGGAGAGCCGGAGGAGAGCAAAUACAAAAUACUUAUAUUGAGUUCGUUCUUCGACACAACCUCGCCACUGGGCCGUGAAAUCACCAUGAAUGUGGCACGUCACGUACUUGAGGGAUAUAAAAUACGCGACACAGGCACCUUGAAUAUGCUGCAAAGAAGUGUCUUAUAUCUUUUACCGUUAACCGAUAACUUUGAGGUCAUCUUCAAAAUGUAUAACAGAAACAACUCGAUUUGUGAUCCCGAACUGGGCAAUGAACUCGCCGAUCGUAUGCUCAGCCCUGAAUCGGAGAAGAAGCGCGAUUUGUUGUUGCAAUUCUUGGAAAGCGAACGAUUCGAUUUGAUGUUAACCUUCACUGCUGGCAGUUCAGAAUUAAUCUACCCCAAAGGCGAGCCGGUCAUUGAGAAAUUCGCGCACAUCAUCAAAGACAGCGAAUUCAACGCACCGCCGCUUCAAUGUCCCACCACCAGCACGCGUUCGCUUCAUCAUGCAGCCACCGAGCGGCUUACCAACCUCCUUUACAAAAUGUACAACAUUCCACUCUUCAGUUUAGGGCUCUCCUGCUGUCGCAUGCCCGUUCAGUCGAAUAUCGCCUCCGUUUGGCGCACAAAUAUCAAUAAAAUCAAGAAUUUCCUACGACUGAUCGAAACAGGCAUAGUCGGCGUUGUACACAAUGACAAGAGCGAACCGCUGCGCGAGGCAUUCAUACGCCUCAUCGACCAUAAGCAUGUCUAUAAUGUGACGCGCAAUGCGGCGCGCUUUCAAAUUAUUUUACCAGCUGGCGAGUAUGCGUUGGAGAUAAGCGCGUCCGGCUAUGAGUCGACGGUGAAGCGCGUUACGGUCACACCACACCAGAUCAACAAUUUGGGUGUGGUGCAGUUGAACGCUUACGCGCUGCUGACCGGCGUAAGUGAAAUACAUCGGUUGGGAGGCGGCGACAGCGGAUAUAUCGACAACACGGGCAGUGCCACCUCGCUCACCGCUCAAACUGCGACCAUCUCCGGCUUCGUUCUGGAUAUCGGCAACCAUCCAGUGAAGCAUGCCAAGGUGUCGGUGAUAGCGCCGCACACGCGCGAAUACCUGCGCAAUUUCACCGAUAGUCUGGGCGCUUACAGCAUACGCGGCGUGCCGCUGGGCGAAAUCACGCUGAAGGUGGAGGCACCGCGCCAUGAGGGCACACAGCGUGCAGUGCAUGUGGAAAGUGGCGCGGUGCGUGGCGUCAUAUUCCGACUGAAGGUGGACGAGCAUGUUUGGGGUAUGCCGCGUUUGUUGUUCAUCUUAUUUGCCAGCAUAGUGAUAAUUGUUGCUAUGAUUCUGUUCUUCCUGUGCGUGCAAUUCCUGUUGGCACGGCGACAUCGCGCCGAUAAGCGGUACUACAGUUUCUCGUUGUUGCCGCAAAAGGGUAAAGAACUAUUCGAGGACGAUGGCGAGGAUGGUGAAACGGAACUUUUCCGGUCGCCCAUUAAAAACGGCAUGUCCAUACAGCCGUACUUUGACGAGCACAUUGAACACGGUCGCAGCGACGAUGAUGACGAUGAUGAUUUUGAUAACGACUUCAAUGAAGAUAGUGGCGAAGAUAUUGUUAUGUUGGAUAAACGAAAUCAACUGUGAUCUAGAGAGGACAUAUGAAAAUAUAUAACAACAACAAUAACAAGCUACAAAUAACAAUUCUGACAAUGUAGUAAGAA